UUGUGUAAGGGUGUGUAGCGCACGUAUAGAAGCGCUUUUUAAACUACAUUUCCCAAAGAAACUAGAAGCCUCUACGCUGCUGUCAAGCGCCGAAGGUCACACGCGUGUUUUUGAACACAAGAGAUGCUUAAGAAUUGAGCAGCUGAUAAAUGGAUUAAAAAUAAGACUUGAUGCUAAUAGGAAACUAUGCGUGCAGUGCUAACUCUUGUUAAAUGAGGACGUUUCAGACACAGACAUCUCGCAGGUGUGUUUUCUUCUCAGUCAGCCUUACUUAAAAGCAUCACAUCUUCACAUACUUUCCGCUAUGCUUAGGUGUAUAGUUAGACUUCAGAGUCAGGUUGGGAAUGCUUUUUCUCUCAGUAAAGUGUGCCCGAGAAAUCAGUACUACGAAUGUGUUGCGAGAUACUCCGCAGCCACAGCAGAAAGGAAGAGAUUUUAUCAAGAUGUCAGCAUAUCUCAAAGUGAAGGUGGUUUAUAUGAGAUAAACCUGGACCAAAGGAAGCUGAAAACUCCAGGAGGGAAGCUGUUCACGGUGCCAAAUGAAGCCUUGGCCAUCGCUGUUGCAACUGAGUGGGAUGCUCAAAGGGACACACUCAAGUUCUACACUAUGCACUUGACUACCCUGUGCAACACGGCUCUCGACAAUCCCACCCAACGCAGCAAAGAACAAAUGAUCACCGCUGCUCUCAAGUUUCUGGAGACUGACACCAUCUGUUACAGAGUAGAUGAGCCCCAUGGUUUAGUCGAGCUGCAGAGGAAUGAAUGGGACCCUGUGCUGCAGUGGAUUGAAAAAAGAUAUAACGUCACUAUUGGCUCCUCAGCCAGUAUUUUGGGCCCUGAGAUUCCAGAGGCAACCAAAGACACCUUACGGCAACAUCUCAAGUCUCACAACUUCUGGUCUCUGACAGGACUUGAAUAUGUGAUCACCCAGCUCAAGUCUAUUGUAUUGUCACUGGGCAUGAUUGACAGGCACCUGAGCGUGGAGCAGGCGGUGUUGCUCUCCAGACUGGAGGAGGAAUACCAGAUUCGACGCUGGGGAAACGUGGAGUGGGCCCAUGACUACGACAUGUAUGAGCUGAGGGCACGGACUGCUGCUGGUGCCCUUUUUGUUCACCUCACAUCCGAGAGUUCGACUGUCAAACAUAAACUUCUGCAGGACUGAAAAGGAUUAGGAUCAACUACUGAGAACAUCCCCAGCACCUAUGUUGUAUAAAUGUCUCUGCAUUCAUAAAAAGGCUGCAUAUUCUGUCUGUUCUGUUUAGCAGUGACAGCUGCUCUGUUGUGAUCUGUUAUGCAGUCAUCUCACUCCAGUAAAACAUGCUGGCUCUCCUUUUUGCAGUGUUUACAUGUAGCAGCUGCCAAGUGUGACACCCUUCACAGAGUUUCCAGUGGGUUCUCAAUCACCCGUGACAUUUUGGACAGCGACACAUUGCCUCAGACGAAUAGUGAAGUUUUUUGUUGUCUCUGUGGCAGUGGAGCAAUAAUUCUGCAUUUGAUUUUUUUUUUUUUUUUUUUU